AUGUUAAAACUGCCCGUACUAUUACUUCUGUUAUGUUACAAAAGUGAAUCAGGUAAAACCACCAAGAAAGCACCAUGGCCUCGUCAAGUGACACCGAAACUCAGAAUCCAUCAUGCUCAAGAUGCUGAAACUGCUGCAUACCCGUUCAUUGCCAUGCUAAUUACAAUUCCAGAACCAAAAACUUCGUUUUUAAGACAGUGUACUUCCUCCAUCAUAACGAAAAACUAUGCACUUACUGCAGCACAUUGUUUAACCAUAAGAUCAGCCCCGCCAUUGUACGUUUGGCAUGGAAGUCAUGCUGUAUCACCCCUGGAGACCGGAUCAUACACUGCAGUUACUGAAUACUUUCCACACCCCACUUCUCGUGGGCCACUCGCCGAGGGACCGUCUUUCCGCACGUUCCUCAAUGACGUAGGUCUUGUGCGCUUUAAUGACGUCACCCUCCCAAGAUACGGAAUAUUAUCUGCAGUGGAUUACUUGACUAUGAUCGGUCUACCUGUGAAGUACGUGGGUGGCGGGAGGACCAGCAAACCAGAUGACGAUCAAAAACGGGCGUUGCAAGUUGGCGAGGGUGCAAUUUUAUCCUGUCCUUCGGAAUUCAAGAAGACGUCCAGCAUCAUAAUAUGUGUUGUUCCGAAAUGUGUGUCGUCUCUGAGUCCCGUGGCUCAAGGGGACUCGGGUGGGCCUUUGCUAGAAAAUGGUAAAAUUAUCGGUGUGGUUGCUACUAGUAUUUCUCAUAACUCGUCUAAUGUUUGUACUCCGGUCAGCCCUUACCUCGACUGGAUCUAUAGUAUUCUAAAUUCGAUUUGA